GAGCGAGCGCUGGCUGCCCCUCCCGCUCGUCCUCUCUCUCUCUCUCUCCUCCUCCCGCUUCUUCCAGCAGCCCCGCAAACCGGGACUUAGCUCCAGCGGCAGAGUGUGAGAGAAAAAUCCUGGGAAGCGGGGAGGAGGAGGAGGAGGAGGAAGAGGAGGGAGGAAGAAAAAAAAAACGGCGGCGGAGGCAGAAGGAAGGUGAAGGAAGGAAGGACACCCGCGCAGACUGGGCUGCUUUGAAGAGACGCCAGGGGAGGGAGGGGAGAGAAAAGUUUACCCCCUCCGGAGCUGCGCUCUCUCACCCACCUCUUCCCGCGGCGGCGGCGGCGCUGCAGGCGCAGACGGGAGUUUUACCUGGAAGUUGGUGGAUUUCCGCCCUCUUUUUUUUUUUUUCCUUCCCCCCCACCCUUCUUCCCCAAAUAAGAAUUUGAAACCUCGGCUUAGAUCCGAAGCUCCAGCUUUUCUCCCCGACGCUUGCUUUCCAGCCGCGGUCGGCAAUGUGACAGCCCUUCAGCCGGUCCUCCUUGCGGAGAGCUGUCACCGAGGAAGCUUCAACCAAGUGGACUUCUCCGCUUCCAGUUUAACGAACGGCCCUGGGUCGCCUGAGAGAAGCUUAGGAGGAUUGGUUUUUGCUUUUUUUUUUUUUUUUUUAAUUCCUUUCAUUUUUUUUUUUGAAGACGCCGCUUCGGGGGAGUCCCUAGCAAGCUCCUUGACGGGUUUGCCCGUCUCCUUCAGGAUUUAAGCCCCGAUUUCCUCCGGAUUCCACCUUCUUCCUUGCUACUCUUCCCUUAAUCGGCCGCUUUCUGGAGCGGACCCGGAGGGACUUGUUCCUCCGGCCAUUGCAAAGCGAAACAGAGAUUUUAAAAAAUGAAGAUAUGGAGACCAAAGGCUAUCGCAGUUAUUCAAAAAGCCUAGAUAUGGAGAGGCGCUGGAGUCAAGGUUCACAAUCUGUGGAGUACACUCCUAAAGGAGCAGAAGAACAGUCUGAAGAGAGUAAUAACUAUAUGGAGAUCGUAAAUGUGAGCUGUGUUUCUGGCACAUUUCCAAACGCCCGUUCUCAAGGAAGCAACAAAGAAAAACCUGAGCUAAUUUCUUGUCUUCAUCCAGAUCAUAGUCAGCCAGCUAUUUUACCCGCUGAUAUAAAAACUGAGAUAGACUCCAAGGAACUUUCUGCAACGGUAGCUGAAUCAAUGGGUUUAUACAUGGAUUCUGUAAGAGAUGUUGAUUUUACCUAUGAUCAGCACAGUCAUCAAGGAAACUUGACUUCUGCAAAGAUGUAUCAAAAUGUUGAGCAAUUAGUAAAACUCUAUAAGGAGAAUGGCCAUCAUACUUCUCCUUUGAACACCCCAAGUAGGUCGUUGAGACCUCUAAUAUCAGACUGUGCAAGCUCUGUGAAUGGUGGCAUUGUACCAUCUAUCAUCAAGAGUCCUAGAGUGUGUCACGAGAAGAAUUCUUCAGAUUGUAGUCCUCAAAGCAUGACUCCUUCAGUAUGCAGCCCUCCUGGAAUUAGUUCUGUAUCAUCAACUACUCCUACUAACUUUGCAAAUUUCACCGUAAAUAGUCCAGUAAACCAGGGAACACCUUUGCCAUGUUCACCUAACAUUGAAAACCGAGGUUCAAUGUUACAUAGUCCUCCACAUACUAGUACUGUAGGAUCUCCUCUUUCUAGUCCUAUAAGUAGCAUGAAAUCACCUAUUUCAAGCCCUCCUAGUCAUUGUAGUGUGAAAUCUCCAGUUUCAAGUCCUAAUAACAUUACAAUGAGAUCUUCAGUAUCCAGUCCUGCAAAUAUGAACUCAAGGUGCUCUAUUGCCAGCCCUUCCAAUGCCAACAAUAGAUCCACACUUUCUAGUCCUGCAGUAAGCACUGUGGGAUCUUCAAUGUGUAGUCCUGUAAAUGGUGCAGUGACCUUUCCAGCAUCUAGUACAUCGGUUGGACCUGGUGCAACUCAAGACAUGGUCCCUAGUCCAGAUUCAAAAGAGAAUAAAGGUGCUUCUGAAAUCAUAUUUCCUAAAAUAGAGGAAAUAGAAAAUGCCAUCCCUAUCAAUGAAGUAGCUAAUCAGAUGACUGUUGCUCAGUUUAUAAAACCUGAACCAGAUGGGAUAUUUAGUAGCUCGUGUCUUGGAGAAAAUAACAAAAUCAAUUCUGAUUCCCCAUUUUCAGUAUCAAUAAAGCAAGAAUCAGCUAAACAUUCUUGUUCUGGUGCUUCUUUUAAAGGGAAUCACAUCGCAAAUCCCUUUCCAUUUAUGGAUGGAUCAUAUUUUUCUUUCAUGGAUGAUAAAGACUACUAUUCUCUUUCUGGGAUUUUAGGACCACCCGUUUCAUCAUUUGAUGGCACAUGUGAAGCUAGUGUGUUUUCAAAUUCAGGUCUAUCUAUAGGAAUUAAACAGGAGCCUGAAGAGAACAACUAUUAUCAAGAAAGUACUCUACCUUCCUCUGCCAUUGUUGGAGUGAAUUCUGGCGGACAGUCAUUUCACUAUAGGAUUGGUGCUCAAGGCAGAAUAGCUUUAUCACGGCCUGUUGGUAGAGAGCAGCCCUUUCAGCAUAUGAGCUCAUUUCCUCUAGUGGAGUCAUGGAAAUCACAUUCUGAGUUGUCUGGCAGAAGAAGUGAUGGGUAUCCAGUUCUAGAAUACAUUCCAGAAAAUGUGUCAAGUUCAUCAUUGAGAAAUGUUUCAACUGGAUCUUCAAGACCUUCUAAAGUGUGUUUGGUGUGUGGAGAUGAAGCAUCCGGAUGCCAUUAUGGAGUAGUGACAUGUGGCAGUUGCAAAGUCUUCUUUAAGAGAGCAGUGGAAGGUAAAUCCUCAUGGCAGCACAAUUAUUUAUGUGCGGGACGAAACGACUGUAUAAUUGACAAAAUUCGAAGAAAAAACUGUCCAGCUUGCAGAUUACAGAAGUGUCUUCAAGCUGGAAUGAAUUUAGGAGCCCGGAAGUCGAAAAAAUUGGGCAAGUUAAAAGGUAUCCACGAAGAUCCACCUCAGCAGCAGCAGCAGCAGCCACCACAAAGCCCAGAGGAAGGGAUUACAUAUAUUGCUCCAGCAAAAGAACCUUCUGUGAACACAGCACUUGUUCCUCACUUAUCUGCAGUUUCACCAGCACUUACUCCCUCGCCUGCUAUGGUUCUAGAAAACAUCGAACCUGAAAUUGUAUAUGCAGGAUAUGAUAGUUCAAAACCAGACACAGCGGAACACCUGCUCUCCACUUUAAAUCGUCUUGCUGGCAAGCAGAUGAUUCAGGUGGUAAAAUGGGCAAAGAUCCUCCCAGGAUUUAGAAACUUGCCUCUUGAGGACCAAAUUACUUUAAUACAGUAUUCUUGGAUGUGUUUAUCGUCAUUUGCCUUGAGCUGGAGAUCAUACAGACAUACAAAUAGCCAGUUUCUUUAUUUUGCUCCUGACUUGGUCUUUAAUGAAGAAAGGAUGCGGCAAUCUGCAAUGUUUGAAUUAUGCCAAGGAAUGCACCAGAUCAGCCUUCAAUUUGUUCGUCUGCAGCUUAGCUUUGAAGAAUAUACCAUAAUGAAAGUUUUGUUGCUGUUAAGCACAGUUCCCAAGGAUGGCCUCAAGAGCCAAGCUGCGUUUGAAGAAAUGAGGGCAAAUUACAUUAAAGAACUUAGAAAAAUGGUAACUAAACAUCCAAACAAUUCUGGGCAAAGUUGGCAGCGAUUUUAUCAACUGACAAAGCUCCUGGACUCUAUUCAUGAUCUUGUUAGCGAUUUGCUGGAAUUUUGCUUCUACACCUUCCGAGAGUCUCAAGCUCUCAAAGUGGAGUUUCCAGCCAUGUUGGUAGAAAUCAUCAGUGACCAGUUACCCAAAGUGGAAUCUGGGAAUGCCAAACCCCUCUACUUCCACAGGAAGUGACAGAACAUGUCUUAAUGGAAAAAAAGAAAACUUUGCCUUAAGUUCCCCUGCGCUAUUCCACACCCAUGAAGGAGCCAAGAAGCCACAUUUAAAGUGUGCUAUUCAAAAUCGUUCAACAGUGUCUCAGUAGUCUAAAGACAAUAUGAAGGUUUGGAGAAUGGAAAACAAGCAUCUUAUAUGAACUUGGUAAGACAAAAUAGCCAAGAUGUUUAUGAACACCAGACCACCCCAAAUACUCCCAGCAUUAAAAAAAAAAAAAGAAAAGAAAGAAAAGAAAUAUUCCUGUUCCUCUGGAUGAAAAGCCAUAUCUAGUCAAAUAACUCCUUGAUUUUGAUAUAUUAACAGAAGAACAUUUUAAUUAUGUCAUGUAGUUUCUGGUAUUGUUUGCUUGUUUUAAAAGGGUUUAAGAACUAUUAUGAACUUUUAAAAAGCUUACCAUUGGUUUGCACAUAAAUAAAGUCAAUAUGGGGCAUUAAUUCUUGUACUAUACACAAACACACACACAUACGUAAAAACAAAUCAAAUUCCUGGAUAUGUAACAUAGAUAAUGGAACAUUUUGGUGUGGAAUAAUCUUGGUAUAUUCACUUGCGGCAUUUGUUAUCCCAUGUUAUCCAUCAUAGAUGAUCUACACUGUGUUAAGUGUUCAUUUAUUAUUUAACUUGAAAGGAUAAGAUGUUAAAACAAAUGCCUCAGUUUCAAUUUAUAGUAUAUUGUGCUGGCUUUACCAAUAAUUUUUUGCAGUCUUUUGCUGUACUGUACAAUGCUGUAUGUAUAAAUUGAAGGACCUGAAACAAAUGGUAUAAGGAACUUUUGUAAAUGAGACCUAAAAUCUUUAAUGGUUAAUAGGAUGAAUGGGAAAGUAUUUUUGGAAGAAUUCUAUUUUGCUGGAGACUAUUUAAUUACUCAUUUUUGUCUAAACACAAGGUUUUUUUUUUCUUUUUCUUUUUUGUAAAGUGAAUUGUUCUGCAUGCAUAAUGAACCGUUUACAGUGUAUUUAAGAAAGGGAAAGCUGUGCCUUUUUAGCAUCAUAUCUAUCUCACAAUGUCUGUUGUAAAUAACCACCCAUAAUUGUUUCCAGUUGUUCUUUUUCCAUCCAACUUCCUCAGCAUUUGUCUACUACUUUUUACAUCCUUUGAGCACAAUGAGUCUGCUUCAAGCCUCUUGCUGUGUUUGCAGCUUUAUACACAUUUUAUCUAAGAUAAACAUUAACAUGGACAGACUCCAUCAAGACAUGGUUUUCUACAUGUUCCAUUAAAGCUAGUAAAGUUGUGCAGAUAAUUUGGUUCCUAUUUCAGUGGAGCCUGCUUAAGUCAGCUAUAUGGUGAAUUGUGCCCAGGUUUUGUUUUUGUUUUUCUCAAAGACUGUCAUCUCGGGAUCAAAUGAGAUUCUGCUCCCCAACCUAUUCACUCUGAAGGUCAUGGUCCUACACAAAGGCAAAUCUAAACAAGACACUCUCAAACACAUUGUCCUCCAAGCAAAGUCUCAUUAACAGUACAAAACCCUACAGACUAUAGUGAUCUGCUCAUUUUGGGGUUGUUUAAUUUUAUGUCAAAAUUGUGGUUAAAGAAUUUUAUUUUUCCUUCCUUUGAAAACUGGGAUCAAUGUAUAUUGCCAAAAGUGUGGCCAACAAAUCUGAGCAUAUAAAAAUUAUCCCACAUCCUAGACACAUUUGGAAUGAUAAUAAGAAUAGGGGCUAUUUAAUGCUAUUAAUUUUUAGGCAAGUCAAUAACUCAGUAACUGUGUAUAGGAUUGCGAUUUAACUACUCUUAAAAUGAGCCCUAAAAUAGACAAUUUUCAAAAUCUGGAUCUCUCUCAAAACUAAACUAUGUUACGGCAACUGUGUCUUUCUUGUGAUGAUCAUUACUAUAUAUCAUAUGAAUAAUUUAAAUAUGUAGCAUAAUUAUUAAAAACAACCUACAAUAAUUGAUAUUACAUACAAUAAUUGUCAGGUAUCUUCGUCUAAAACAAAGUCUAGAUAACUUCUUUGAGAAAAAUAAAGGAUCUUUUAGGUUGAAAUCCUAUGUACAAUUAUUUGAGAAUAAGUCCCAGUGGAAUUACUAAUUACUUCUUAGUAACCAUGCUUAACACCAUGUAAUUAAUAACCAAAUCUGGGGUCCAAAGGUUUUUUUUAGGUGUGCUUAAAAUUUGGAUAUAUUCCUUGGAACCUGCUGCAAUUAACAGCAAAUCUAAUGUACAAACUAUUUUUUAAAAGCACUAUUUCAAAAACAGUUAUGGAGCAUACAUAGAAGCCCAAGUAAUUCCUUGGAUCCUAGUCAUUCAUGAAGUUUUUGAAACUUGAACAGGUAUUUGCAUUUCCAUCUUGCAUCGGUAAAAUUUAAACAAAACCAUAGGUGGAUUUUUCAAACCAGUUUUCCUGUGCAUCCCCAAAUCUCUCUAAGCAUCCUCCUCACCCAUCUGAACCAGCUUUAUAGGGGAAGGGAAAAUCUGAUCUGCUGAUCUGCCAGUAUUGUUAAUUCCAGUGGUAGAAAAGCAGAACUGAAUUCAAUUCAACUUGACCUUUUUGAGCCAUACAGUUUUCUAAAUGAGAAUCUAUGGAAACAGAAGAACCAAGAUAUACAUUACACAGCCAUAUAUUGGGUUGAAUCCUGACAAUACUAGCUGAACUUAAUUCCAGCUGAAAUGAAUGCAAUUUAAUAAAUAUAUUUGCAGUUUUGAAAAUCAAAAUCCUUUAUCAACUCUUUGGACUGCACAGCAAUAUGAAACUGAAUUUCUACAGUGAUAAAAAUAUAUAGCAUGCAACAUGAUUGUUUAUAUUAAAUAUCCUUUUUAUUAAGUUUUUUUUUAAAAAAAAACUUACUGAAAUUGGAAUUUUAAAUUAUCCAGGUUUGUGGUAAAUGAUGCAGCUGUUUUUUUAUUAGCAAAGUUACUAAAUAUUUUUCUAUCUCCAAGUAACUUUGCUUGAUUAAAAUAUUAAAGCCAUAUUAUUUUCUUUUUUUAAAUCCACUGAUAGAUGUCAGCUGUCUGGUUAUUCUUAUUUUUUGUACCUUAUUGCAUUUAAUUGUGGUACAAUUCAUAAAUCUUGGAACUGUCAUGAAUUAAACACUAAAUUAGUUUUAAAACAAUUUAUAACUUUAUGCAAAAUAGCUAUCUUUGAAGGAAAAGUAUGCAGAUUAUAAUAAAUUCUUUAAUCACCUGUUCAUGAAACCAUUGAUUAUUGCUUAGAAAUCAUUAAAAUGAACUUCAAAUGAAAGGAAGGUAUCAGGAGUACAUUAUAUUUUAGAAGGAAAAUAGAUAUUUGUCUCCUGCAAAAUAAGAUAAACAACUUCAAAAUGUGAAAAUAAUUGUGUUGAUUGAGUGUAAUGAUUUUGUGGCAAUGACUGAAAUUAUACAGCAAGAACACUGUAUUUAUAUAAAUGUAAAAUAGUUUUAAUUUACUGCAGUGUGUAUUUCAAGAAUAAUAUUGCAUUGCAGUGUAUAACCAUUCUGUUGCACAGAACAAAACUGAAAAAGGACUAAAAGCUUGCAAUAUCAAAAUCUUAAAAUAAAAUAUACUUUAUAAUCAAUAAUGCAAAAAUCUAAUCACAGGGUGGUAUUUUCACUGACUUUUAGAAACCUUUCGGAAUUUAAACCAUUAUACAUUUAAUGCACUUUUAAUUGUCUAUUAAAGAUGUGACAUUUUUGAUAGAGGGGAGAAAGAAAGAAGGAAGGGUGCAAUUUUAUCUGGCAGAUGACUAACUUGUUAGGUAGCAGUUAUAAUGCCAGGGUUUUCAGAGUAAUGUUUCAAAGCUCAUAGAGCUGAAGAGCACAUUAUAUCAAGAACUUUAGCACUUGUGCAGGAGAAGUUCUUGGUGGUUGUGUCCUAUUAUUACUGGAUGAAAAAAAGCAGCCAGCACUACAGUAUAAAACAGCAACAUCUAUGCAUAAUGAUGCAUUAAUAAUUAGGAGCUUGCUUCUGUAUGUUUAAACCUUUUGAAUAAAUACAAAAUUACUGUUUGGCCUUUAUGUUAUUGUCUUUAAGUACAUAAUUUUUAUAAGUUGUAUAAAUAUACACAAAUUAAAAUGGUGUGAUCAUA